AUGAACCGGGAUACAGUGGUGCAAGGAUCUGGGGGGAAUUCCGUCCAGACCCUGAUGAAUCGAGGGGGGGCUGCGCCGUGCCCCCCUGCAGAAUUACAGGCUGCCAUGACAAGAGAAGAACGAGUACCAAGCUUGAAUGAUGAAGUUGUCCAACCCACAGUCAACCCGGAUCAUUUGGACACGGAGAACGGAGCAGUUGUGGGUGAAAAACGAAUGUCCUCCAGCGUAUUGUCCGGGAUCAGAGAUAGUCAUGCACAGAACCACUUAGAACUCCCGCCGACGAACCCAGUGUUAGUCCAACCACAACAGGGUCCCACCGGCCAUCGGACUACCCCAUUCUCCGUCUUGGACAUUCUGGACCCCAACAAGUUCACAAGCAGUCGACGACUGCAGCUCCAGCCGCACAGCCUGCUUCCGGAAGAGCCCAUUCGCGAUGCCCAAGGUGCAGGAGGCAUCAGAAAGGAAUCCGCUGUAGGGGAAUGCGAGGUGGGCCUCCAAGAAUCCGAGCCUGGAAUUUAUGGCGCACAGGAAUACCAAAGCAAAAACCUUGUGUAUAGAAGUCCAGAGGAUGACCUCCACAGAAUUGGUACCCCAGUUUCGGAAGCACCGGAUGGUUCAUAUAGCAGUGAGGAGAUCACUUCAGCACUGCACUUUAGUGACGACAGAGACGUCAACCACCAGAGCCUCCAAGAUUUCAACAAACAGACAAAGAGUCCCAGAAGAGGCUCUGCAGGCCAGAUCACCAAUGUGCAGCCUAAUGGGGGCCAGGGCCCACAAGGAAAGCCGAAGAGAAAACGUUCAGGCUCAGACUCUAAGUCAGGGAAACCCCGCAGAGCUCGUACUGCCUUCACCUACGAGCAGUUGGUUGCGCUGGAGAACAAGUUCAAGUCUACAAGGUACCUGUCAGUGUGUGAGCGCCUCAACCUGGCACUGUCACUCUCCCUCACUGAGACACAGGUAAAGAUCUGGUUCCAGAACCGGCGGACAAAGUGGAAGAAACAAAAUCCUGGUGCAGACACUUCGGCUCCCACCAGUGUAGGAGGUACAGCUGGUACUGGAGGAGGAAUAGGAGCGGCUCUAGGAAACCUUAGUCCACUUAGUACAUCACCACCAAUCAAUGGGCAUCUAGGCAUGCACACAGGCUAUGCACCAGGCCACCAUCACCCUUCUGCAGGCAGCCUGGUACAGCUGCCUUUCCUCACGACCAGCCACGUUCUGUCCCCAUUCAUGUUGGGGGGACAGAGCUAUGCUGCACCUGCCUUCUACAGCUCCCAUGUGUAG